AUGGUGGCUGUCGACUGUCGAAUUGGAGACUUUCUUGCCCAAGACAAACAUCACGCCAACAAGGGCUUCUAUAUGAAGCUUGAAGAUAUUGUACUAACUCUAGAGGGUGACGAGCCGACUGCCGAGAACAUCACCGCAUUCAUUACCAUCAAGUACGAGAAGAGGAUAAAGAAAUCCUACAAUCAUCGAACUCGACGAGUCGAAUCUUUCAAAGACGCAACCCUUACGACAGUCGAUCUUAUCCUGAUGCUCCUCGUACAUGGCCUCCGCCAUGGCCUAUUCAAAACCGGUGCUACUCUAGACCAAGUCUUGAUGGCCGCCAAAGCUCGUGGCGACCGUACACUUCGAUGGAAGUAUCCAGAGUACCCAUUUGUUCCCGCCAUGACUCAUCCUACGGCCGGAACCUUAACGCUCUCGACGCCUGCCAGGUACAAGAUGGCAUACAGUACAAUUCUCCGAAUGGGUGAUAUCUCGGGAUAUCUAUCACGCCUCCUCACCCACGAUAUCCGUCGAGGAGCCGCCAAAGAUCUCGUCCGACUGCCUAAGGAAAUCAUGAAGGCAUCCGACGCGGGUACUGCAAGAGCAUUGGGGCAUAACGAUAUCCGGUCAACCAGAUUCUACAAUAUAUAA